AUGAAUAAAAAAAUUAUUAUCCUCUUAAUUACUAUUUCUAUUGCAUUUUGUCAAUUAUGUCACAAUAGUUGUGCUACAUGCAAUGGAAAUGUCUGUCUCUCAUGUAGUGCUGAUCACUCUCAAGUAGAUCCUAACUAAAGAACUUGUGUUUGUUAAAGUGGUUACUAUGCCUCUUCUCUAAACCCCCUCACAUGCAAUCAGUUGAUUUCUGGUAGUAAAGAUAACUAAUGUCAUAUUGAUAUGGCUUUGAACAUGGCUAACUUCUAUGUUAACACUGAUUGUUACUAUUACACUGAAAAUGCUGGAUAAUCUGGUUCAGAAGCUAACUAUAUUAGAUCUGAUAUUUCUAUUGAUACUUCUCACUCAUAGUUCAGUGAGGCUGAUUGCAGAUCUUAUGUUGUUACCCAUAUCUAAUAUCAACCCAAAGGUAAUAAUAGUGGUAAUGAAGAUGUCGAUUAUGUUGAUUUACCUGCUCCUAAAAAUGGUGGUUCUUAUCUCAGCAAUUUACCUGGUGGUAAAAGUGGUGAUCAAAGAAUCUAAAUUCCUCUUAUUGAUGUCUAUGGUCUUGCCAAUAGCCAAACAGUCAGUGCUGAUGGAAACCAAAUUGUUCAAAUUUUGAACUACAGAAUUUUAAUCGGAUACUCAGGUACAGUAUUAAGAUCUCACAGAUGGUAAUCAACCGUUUUCACCAACAGAAAUUAAGUUUAAACCUUCACUGUUGAUGUAGAUAUCCAAAGAACUUAAGGUUGUUAACCUGGUCAAAACUGUAUCAUCGUAGCUGAUUUAGAUGUUACUGGUAAAUAAUACAAAUCUGAUUGGGUUACUGUAAAUAGUGGUGCUCAAUACACUGUUGGAGAUAUCUUAUACUUGAGAAUAUGGUUCAAGGAUGCUACUUAUACUAAAUAACUUUCAUUCUAAUAAUUAUUUUUCUUAAACGACUCAGGUUAAGUAUUUGAUUACACUGCUCUUUGUGAUCCUGUAGCCACUGCUUGGAACCAUAAUGACAAAUCCCUCCAUGUUUAAUUACCUUUGGUUGAACCUUCAUUGAGUGCAACAAUUUAAGUAAAUAUGAAAAUUGAAACUGCAGAUGCUCGUUUAAGAAGAUUGCAAACUGGCUCUGACACUACUUCAUAACAAUUCUCUGUAAGCGUAGCUUCUGCCCCAUCAAAUUCAUCAAAUUAAACUAAUACUUCAAAUUCUUUGAUAGUUUUAUUCAGCUUGCUCAAUUUGUUAGCCAUAGUUAUUCUUAUUUGA